AUGAGUCGAAUAGGGAAGAAAAGCUCCUCAGAUGGAGAAACUACACCCCAGGCUCCACUUGUCAAUGAGAGCAUCAGGGAGUCAAAAUCCAGGUUCCCCAAACCUGGAAGCAGAAAAGAGAGCAUUGACCCUAAAACAACUGAUUCCCAAUCCCAGGACAAGACACCGAAGACAAUCUCCUUAGACUUUGCCAAGACUCUCACUUCAGAAACAGAAUUGGGAUCCAGGAUGCAGGAAAACGAGUGGUUUCUGCGGAAGCUGGGCAGAAAGGCUGUCAACAAGUGUCUAGAUCUGAACAACUGCAGGCUGACAGCAGUGGAUGUGACGGAGACGGUUGCUUUGCUGCCUUCUCUCCCAGACUUGGAAAACCUGGAUAUUUCCUGGAAUGAUGUCAUAGGUGGAAACCUCCAUGUAUUCACCCAGCAAAUGCAUCUUGUCAGCAAGUUAAAAAUCCUGAGGCUGGGUAGUUGCAGACUUACCGCUGAGGAUGUUCGGGCACUGGGAGAAGCACUUAAAGUGCUGCCUGAACUUGAAGAGUUGAAUUUGUCCUGGAACAGUAAAGUGGGAGGAAACUUGCCUCUGAUCCUCCAGACGUUGCAAGAAGGGAGCAAGAUACAAACCCUUGAGCUUGUGGACUGUACGCUUACAUCAGAAGAUGGGGUGUUUGUGGGUCAGUUGCUACCUAGACUGCAAAACCUUGAAGUACUCAAUCUUUCUAUUAACAGAAACAUCGGUGGCAGUCUCAAUAGUAUUGCUCAUGGACUAAAAAGUACCUCAAACCUGAAAGUCUUGAAGUUACAUUCAUGUGGGUUGUCACAAAAGAGUGUCAAGCUACUGGAUGCUGCCUUUAGAUACUUGUGUGAGCUGAGGACACUAGACCUUUCCUGCAACAAGGAGCUGGGUGGAGGAUUUGAAGACACUGCAGGGCUGGCCACGCUGGAGCACCUGGAGGGGCUGGAUCUUCACCAGUGCUCACUGACGGCUGACGACGUGUUGUCCCUGACUCCCGUUAUCCCUUUAUUCUCGAGCCUUCAGGAAUUGGAUUUAUCUGCCAACAAAGAGAUGGGCAGCUCUUCUGAAAACCUACUCAGCAGGCUCCGAUUUUUACCAGCGUUGAAGUCAUUGAUAAUCAGCAACUGUGCUUUGGAGAGUGAGACUUUUACCGCCCUGGCUGAAGCCUCCAUUCACCUCCCUGCUCUGAAAAUAGUCAACCUUUCUUGGAAUAAGUGUAUUGGCGGCAACCUGAAGCUGCUCCUGGAGAUGCUAAAGCGUUCAAUGUCUCUUCAAGUGCUGAGGCUGAGCAGCUGUGCCCUGGUGACAGAGGACAUGGCUGUCUUGGCAUCGGUAAUUCAGACGGGUCACCUGACCAGGCUGCAGAAGCUGGACCUGAGUUAUAACGACAGCAUCUGUGAGGCAGGAUGGACCAUCUUCUGCCAAAACCUGUGGCUCCUCAAGGAAUUAACUGAGCUGGAUAUAAGCCUUCGGCCAUCAACUUUUAGGAAGUGCGGACAAUGGUUUAGACACUUGCUAAGUGCCGUGACCAAACUUCCCAAGAUCACUGAGAUAGGAAUGAAGAGAUGGCUUCUCUCAGCUUCACAGGAGGAAGAACUACAAGGCUUUGACCAAGAUCAGAGAAGCAGCAUUCACUUUGACCAUGGUGGGUUUCAGUAA